AUGCAGACACAUUAUUUUCGCUCGCCGAAUAGCCAACCCCAAGCGGGUGUGCCGUACGAGUUACCCCCGGUGCAGUCGGUAACUUCACCCUCGGGGCCCUUCCAGCAGGGCCCUCCACCGGGUGCUCUACUUUCCGCUCCGCCGAGCAGACCCGAGAGCGGACUGCGCAUGCCCCAUCUACUGCAGCCGCUGGCCCAACAAAUACCCAAUCAACCUCCUCCCCCUCCGUCGUCGUACUCACGCUCUUAUGAGUCCAGCGGCUCGCCCGCGGAGGGUAUCUCAAUGCUGCCCGAUGCGCCGCCGCUCAAUGGGCUGGCAUCCGGCCCCCCGGGAAUGCUUCAACCCGGGGCGGGGCCGCAGCAACAGCAACCCUUGCAGCAGAAAAGGGCCUAUCGCCAGCGGCGAAAAGACCCCAGUUGCGAUGCCUGUCGCGAGCGCAAAGUUAAGUGUGACGCUUCCGAGUCGUCUAGCUGCACCGAGUGUACGAAUCGCAAAGUGCGCUGUCAGUUCACCAAGGAGACCAACCGGCGCAUGUCUUCCAUCAAACAGGUGCAGGAUCUAGAGAAGCAGCUCAUCACGACCAAACAGCAGCUUCAGCAGCUCCGAUCCGGCAUGCUGAGAUCCGACAAUCUGAUGGACCUGGAUAUUGACGGUGCCGGACAGCCGCAGCUGAAGUUACCGGACCUUGGAUAUCGCCCCCAGCGCCGGCCUAAGGCUCCCAUCGCCCAGGAUCUGACCGAGGCACGUGUCAACCUGCGCAAAUACGGCAGAGGCAUCAUGCACGUGCCCACGCCAUAUCGCCAACAGGGCCCCAAAUCCCUGCUGACGACCGAGAGCCCGCCGCUCCCUUCGAAAGAUAUCGCAGAUCGCCUUCUGGCGCAGUAUUAUGCGUGCAUCCAUUCAGUCCUACCGGUCCUGCACUGGCCAACCUUCAUCGCCGAGUAUGAGAAGGUCUAUCAAGCACGCUCCCUUUUAGGGAUGCCACGCGAGUGGGUGUCCGUGCUGUUUGCGAUCUUCGCUUGCGGCUCUCUUCACAUGCUGGAGGAAACGAGAGAAGACGAUGGCAAGGAAUUCAUCAAGAUUUCCUGUGGGGUCAUCGACGUGUGGCAGGACAAUUUCACUCUCGACCAGGCGCGGGCGGCCUUGCUGGUCAGUAUCUUCUUAUACGAAGUGAAUUCGAAAUCUGCCAGCUGGGUGUGGAUCGGUUCCGCAGUCAGGGUGGCCCAGGAGAUCGGCCUCCACAUCGAAUCUGGGCCGUGGUCUACCCUUGAAGCUGAGACGCGAAGACGACUGUGGUGGGGGAUGUACGCUUGGGAUAGGCUUCUGGCUCUUGAAAUGGGCAAACCAGUUCUGAUCAAUGAUCAGGACUGCGAUGUCGAUCUCCCUUGUCCUGUCGACGAGCAGUUUAUAUCAGAUGGCGGGGUUGUGCCCGAAGGCCAGCAGACGACUGCCCUCCUCGCCACCAUCCAUGUCGUUCGAUCAAUCGGGCAACUUACGAGGACGUUGAGGUCCUCCAAUAUCAGCCCGGCAACGAUUGACACAUUCGAGCGACAUUUCAAUGCGUGUCUCGCCACUUUCCCCGCGCAAUAUCAUCCGAAAUCCGACCAAUACCUCGAUCCCCGAGCGCUUGACCCCAUCAUCUACCUCCAAAACGCUCGUCUCAUCCUCCACCGCCAUAACAUUAACCCGUUCUGCGCGCCCGAAGUCCGUGCCUCGGCCCUCGAUUAUUGUGUUUCGACGUCUCAAGACACCGCGCGUCUACUUUCGCGAUGCAUGCGCCACCCCUCUAGUCCCCAGGGUUUCGGGGCAACCAAUGAGGACUGGCGACCGUUGCUUGCCUCGUCGGCGGGAACCACGAUGUGUACGCACAUCUGGCGCUGUGCACUUAUUCUGCUUUUCCGGCAGGAUUUCGCCACGGCUCUGGUGUGUAUCCAAGCAGCUGCCGCAGUUGGAGACUCGCGCGCGUUGAACGCGGCAUGCGGGCGGUAUAUUGUUUUCUUCCUGAAAUGCCUUCUGGACCGACUCCGCCACGGCGACGAUCUCGAGCGAGACGAGGAAAUGAUGGCGUACGUCUCGGGGGAUAUGCAAGGCCACUGCGACGGGAGCUGGGUGUGGCAAGGCAGCGAGACCGGUUCCCAGCUGGCGGCAAUGGCUUCUACGAUCGGGAGCCCGGUUUCAAUGGGGCAAUCCGACCCCAGGGACAAUAUUUCCACCGACGAUGCCGAGAACACUGAAGGUUGGCACUGGGUUGAACAGACGGUUCGUUACCUUCACGAGAGACAGCUCGAGCAGCAAAAGGAGUACGAGAGAAGAGACGCGCCGUCGUUCCAGAAUCCACCGGAGUCUGCGUAUCUCAGCCCCGAGGCUGCGGUUGGACGGGAUGAGUCCUCGCCCCGACGCUCGAGCUCGUCUCAUUCGCGCAUGACGAUCGCCAGCAUUAUAUGA